AUGGAUUCGUUUAUCACGCGGCCUGUCAAUUUUAGCAAUGCCUACCCGAACUUUACCAAGCCUGGGGCUGAGGAAUUAUCGGCUCUGGCAAGAGGAGAUUGUGAAGGACCCACUUCUGAGACACCGAUUCGGCUGCAAAAAAUGGGCAGAGACAAAUACACUAAUAACUCAGACUCAGUGAAAAGCAAAGCCAAUCUGGACACUGUUGGAGCUCUUGAAACCGUUGUCCCAGUUUUAGUUUCUGUCAAUCAGCGAUGUCCCCUGCUACCAUCUGGAGGUAUAGAGCUUCUUUCAUCCAAUCCAAGAAGGUUUCUAAUGGAGGAAGAAGAGGCUAAGGGGUUAGAAAAACAUAAGGAUGAAUCCAAGUACUUAGAAUGCAGCCUUACUGGGACUGGCAAGGAAGUCAAAGAAAAUAGAAGAACGGAGUCACAAUACGAGCUAAGCAGAGAUAAGUUGGGCAUGAAAAGAAGUGUAGAUCAGUCUACUCUACCAAACAAUAUGGAAAAGGCAUCCACUCCUACAGAGUUUGGCCCCAAUCUCGUAUAUUCUUGUUCACGCUAUUCAGAGACAUCGCUUACACCUAGGGUACCAGACCUGAUUAGACCUUAUGGUCAGAAUUCGCAAGACCAAGUUGGGACAUAUUUUGGUGAUAAAUUUACAGAAGAGGACGCAAAGCAAAUAUCCUUUAUUGGUGAAUCACUAGAUGUCCCUGUUUUACGGCGUCAACCCGUUAGGGGCCUGCAACCUGGUCUUUAUAAUCCAGAGGCUUUAAAGUCCGAUGAAUGUCUUUCUCAUGAUGUCCUUCCUAGCAUAGCUGAAAAUUUCAAGCAUGGUCUAGCUGAAACGCAUUUAUCUUCAUUAGCUAACAGCAUGCAAGUCAAAAAGGCUGGUUGCCCUACUGUGGAUGGAAGCAGAGUCUGCAGUGAGGCAAGUCGAUAUCUUGAAUCGGCUCAUAUAGUUAUGGACAAGGAACCAAUUGCACUCGUGAGUCAUGUUAUCUAG